AUGUCCCAUUACUUUCCUUGCAAUCCCCUUCUACUGGCUCUCCUUCUUUCCUGCACCAUCUACACAUUUGCUCCUAGCGUAUGGAUUGUUGCAUCGAGAGCUUGUAUACAAGAUCAAUCAUUAGCGCUUCUUUUUAUUUUUUCUCUUCUACUUUAUUAUGCCUAUAUAUGCACGUUGAGUUCUUGUUCUAAGCUAUACGCUAUGAUCUCCAUAGUGAAAAGCUUAAAAAUAUCAGCAGAUUUGGGGCAUAGUUUAGGUGGCUUUUCUUCAUUUUUGAAUCCAUCUCGUUUCCGUCUCUACAGUAAAUGCCUCUUUGUCUCAGUGACUCCGUGUCGCCCAUCUGGAUUACCAUUUGUCUUCGAUGGAGCCUGA